CAAAAUGAAAGUAAAAAGAGGGCCGUGGGAUGCAGCUCAGUGGUAGAAAGCUUGCUUAGCACAUGUGAGGCUUUGGAUCUUAUCCCCAGUACUGGCAGGAUUCCAGCAUCCCAGAGCCCAGAAUGAAAAGGAACGUCAGACUCCGCCUGCACAUCCCUACAGGCCACGCCCCAUCCAACACACCCCACAAAGCCUCGCCCUUGACUACACCCACAGCACGCUCUCUCCCUAUAGGCACAGCCGCCGCCGUGUGGUCCUGCGGGGAAGGCGCCCUCUGUCUCUCUUGUCUUUUGGCCGGCUUGACCCGGUCUCUGAGAGUCUGUCUCCAAGUCUCAAUCUGUGUAUCUGUCUCCUGUGACCUUUCCUUGGGUACAUCCCAUCUAUCCUGAGUCUCUCUCCGAACUUAGUUCUCCUGUUUCUCUCUGCACUUCUCACCUCUCUCUGAAGUUCUCGGUCCCAUUUUCCGUCCUCUUCACUCUGAUCCUUCACUUCUUUCACGUUCCUAGGAAGCCAUCUCCCUCUCUUAUCUUUCUCGGGUCCCUCAGAUCUCCAGUUUCUAUCUUCUGCAGAGCGGAUGAGGACACCUAGUCUUCGCUGCUUCUGCUUGCGCUCCUCCAGCGACUUCGGCUCACGGGCGCCCCCACGUGGCCAUCAUGGAGGCCUUGAUGGCGGCGAGGGUGAGCGCCCAAACCUGCGAUGUUGUGGUGUCGCACGCGACAUCCAGAGGUGAUACGACCCACGCCAAUGUGAGGGCACGCCUCAGAGGUGGUGUGGGACGCCAGGAGAUGACGUGGGACUGUGUGACAAGGUGAGAUUAGGAAUGACGAGAAGGGAUUGCGUGGGACUGUCAGAGUAGGUGUGAUGUGUGUCUGACCAUGUGACACUUUGAGUUUAUCCGUGAGACUGUGGGCCACUGUGUAUGGCAUCGGAUCUGAGGGAGGAACUCAGAUCCUCCGAAGAGUGUUCGUAAAUAAGUCUGACCAUAUGUAAGGGAGGCCACACGUGUUUCAGGAGCAGAGUGAGUCAGAGGAAGCUGGGGUACCCAAGUGAUGGAAUUAGUCAGUAAUGCAAGAGGGAGGUUGGGGCGAGGGACCCAGUGUGGCCAACUGUGUGGGUGUGAGACAGUGUGUCUGCCACACUGGUGAGUCCUGAGAAACUGGGUGACCACAUGUGACGCUGAGAGAUUGACUUGCGUUUGUCACUGCCAGUGCAAAGGUGUGUGAUUGUUCCGGGUGGCAGAGGUGAGGGUACAGGGUCUUCGAGACAGAAUGCUGAAUGUGAAAGAGAGAGACGGUAUGUGAGCAUGACAAGCGUUUGUGGUACAGACUGUGAGGCCCAACAAAGGCUAUGUCCACAACGGUGUGUGUGUGUGUGUGUGUGUGUGUAAAACACCAUGCUAUCGAAUGUCAACAAUGUAUGACACCAAAAGACUGUGCCACUAUGACAGCAAUGACAUAGGUCACUGUAGGGGGAGGCAGAACAUGAGCCACUGUGUAUCAGGAAAUUGACCAGGAGUAAAUGUGACCGCACAAAGGCACCCCUGGAAAGAAAGCCACCUGGUUCCGUGUCACACUAGGCAAUGGAGCCCUUGGCAGAGAGGCUGAGUCAGUGUGUAGAUGUGUGAGACCGGGGGACAGUGUGAGUGAGAACUUCAGGAGAAGCUGAAACUGCACUUGUAGGUAACAAUGUAUACAUUUGACUCUCUAAGAUAGGUGCCUGACUGUGCAGUGAUGCCAGCUCUGCAGUGAGAAAUCAUGAGUGACAGCAGUGGGCAGGUAUAUUGAGACCUUUGUCAUUGUGUGUUGGGUUAAGCACGGGGGGGGGGCAUUACUCAAUGACCCAGCAAAGUAGGGUGCACCCCUAUGUGAGUGACUUUUGAGUGUGUCUGUGUGCUGUGAGAGGGUCACUGUGAUGGGCUGAGGCUGCUAGUUUGAAGGCCUGGGAAGGAAUGAGAGGCCCCAUGAGAAGAGGAGAGGCUGUGUGCGAGUGCGAGCAUAUACACACCUGCAGGGCCCAUCUUUUAGUGCAAGUGUGACAGAGACUCCAAAGAAAGACAUGCUGGAAACAGGGAUGACUGAAGAACAGAGACAGAGAGAGAGACAGAGAGAGAGAGAGAGAGAGAGAGAGACAGAGACAGAGAGAGAGACAGAGAGAAAGGAGGAGGAGGAGGAAGACAACGAUGAUGAGAAGAUACUUUAUUGCAAGGAGAGGACUCAGACAGACCCAGGGCAUGGAGACAGGUGGUGCCUAGGAGGAGAAGGCGGUCCUGAAGGGCUGCACCCCAGGGGAGGGGGCGGGGCUGGGAAGGGGACCAGCCUCUGCCUCUGUCAGCCUCUGUCACCCGCCAGCCAUCCCAGCCCUGAGCUGCAACAGGCGUUUAACCCCUUUCCUGCUGCAGCCAUGUCCAACAACAUGGCCAAGAUCGCUGAGGCCCGCAAGACGGUGGAGCAGCUGAAGCUGGAGGUGAACAUCGAUCGCAUGAAGGUGUCGCAGGCAGCCGCCGAGCUUUUGGCUUUCUGCGAGACGCACGCUAAGGAUGACCCAUUGGUGACUCCUGUCCCCGCCGCCGAGAAUCCUUUCCGCGACAAGCGACUGUUUUGCACUCUGCUCUGAGCCCUCAAGAUAGCUCUAUCCUCCCCCGCAGAACUUAAGAACACCUACAUGAUAGCCAUUUCACUGCUGUUGGAACUGAAGGUCCCCUUCUCAGUUACACAGCUGAGAGGUCCUGACUGAGGCACCAAUUUCAAGCUCCCUGGAGACUCACGUCUUCCAUUCCCUCCUGGGCGUGAUGUAAGCGCCUCCCUGCUCAUCCCCUGAAGAAGCCAUCCAGGUUUCACACCGUGUUGCCCAUACCUCUGGCUUAUUUUGAAAACAAAAUUUUUUGAUGAUUUCUUUUUA